AUCUGUUGGGCCUUCUGCGCUCUUAUGCUGUUCAAACCCCCUCAUGAGCCCAUUGCCAGCGAUUUUUGACAUAGAAAUUCAUAACAAAAAACUCUGUUGGGCUUAUCCCAUUGGGCUGCUGCGCCUGAAUACUGUAUACACCACUGGCUUUUAGCUUGAAACCCCCCUGUGUGCAUAUUUUUCACAUUAGAUUUAAUUGUUCUAACUAGUUUGCUCCCUAUUUCUUUUAGCCAAUAAAAAUGACAUAAAUCGAUUGUUUUGUUAAACUUUUGCAUGAUAAAAAAUGAAUAAAAAUAUGUAAUCUUUUUUUGUUAGACUUUUGCAUGAUAAUAUAGAAUAAAAAUGUCAUGAAAAAUAUUAUGUUUGAUUAGAUUUUUGCUUAAUAAAAUAAUCAAAAAACAUGUGAUACAUUUUGCUUGUUAGAAAUUAAUUGUUUAGUCACAUAGUUUUAUUCUAAUUUCUAGAUAAAAAUGCCAUAAAAAACAAUUUAAUCUUGUUAGACUUUGUUUUAGAUUUUACUUAGAAUUUAACUUCUAUCAUCUUCUAUGGUGGGUGCGUGCGUCCUUGUUAUUACUGAUUUGUUUGCUGAGAUGUGCGAGGUACUUUGAGAGAGUUCGAUUGUGAUUUGAUUGCUUCGUGUUCCACUUUAUUUGUGGGACACGAAUUUGCUUUCGAUGCGACUUGAUUUGCAUCGUAUUCCACUUUAUUUGUGGGACACGAACGUAUUCCCGAUGCGAUUCACCUGAUCUCUCAUUCGUUGAGAUGUAUAUUCUUGCGAUGUCUGGAUUGUAUUUCUUGCAGGUUGCUUGUGUGGUUGUGUUUGAUACGCACCACAUAGCGGUUGUGAUUUAUUUUCACACCGCAACGCUUUGACGAUUAUGAUGGACUCCUGGCUUUGCUGGAUGUUAGAUUACGUGAAGUUUCUUAGUUCUGCUUGCGUUGCUAGCUCACUGCGGAUUUGCUAUCCGCUCGGUAUCUCCUUGUCCCUUUUACUCUUUCACGCACCAUACGAUGCCAUGAGAAGUAGGGUAGGCAUGCAACAUCAUUCAUAACAUGAGAAGUAGGGUAGACAUUCAUCUGGCCAAUCCCUCGAAAGAGGCUCUGUUUUUGUCUAUUUACUGUUUUCAGUCUAUUUCCAGUCAUUUGUUUGUUCAACCGUCUCGGAGGACUUUCCCCGUGGACGGUAGCUUCGGAGGACUUUCCCCGUUAGCUAGAACGUUUAUUUCUAGUCAUUUGUUUGUUCAACCGUCUCGGAGGACUUUCCCCGUGGACGGUGGCUUCGGAGGACUUUCCCCGUUAGCUAGAACGUUUAUUUCCCGUUAUUUGCUUGUUCACCCGUCUCGGAGGACUUUCCCCGUGGACGGUAGCUUCGGAGGACUUUCCCCGUUAGCUAGAACGUUUAUUUCCAGUUAUUGUCUUGUUCACUCGUCUCGGAGGACUUUCCCCGUGGAUGGGAGCUUCGGAGGACUUUCCCCGUUAGCUAGAACGUUUAUUUCCCGUUAUUUUCUUGUUCAACCGUCUCGGAGAACUUUCCCCGUGGACGGUGGCUUCGGAGGACUUUCCCCGUUAGCUAGAACGUCUCCCUAUUUCCCAGGUCACUACUUCGGUAGUUUGCUUGCUUUACGAGCUGAGCUCGUUUGUGUGUUGCAUUUGCAUUGAUUACUACUUCGGUAGUUUGUUUGUUUCUUGAGUGGAGCUCGAUUGUAUGCCAUAUGGUUGUGAUGCUUGUUCACUAUCUUCUUAUCUGCGAUGCCUGUUCGUAUGAUAUCUUUGUGAUGCUUGUUCACACACCUGUACAUGUAUGCCUGUUACAUGUUGUUUGCGAUGCCUGUUCGCAUUUUUAUUCGUGAUACUUGUUCACAUUUGACGUGUAUGCCUGUUACAUGUUUGCCAUGCAUGUAUGCCUGUUACGUGUAUGUCAUUUAUCUGUUAUGCCUGUUAGUAUGAUAUCACUUGUGAUGCCUGUUCACACAUUCACAUUCGUGUAUGCCUGUUACACGUUUGUUUUCUUUUUGCGAUGCCUGUUCGCAUGUUCUUAUCUGUGAUGCCUGUUCACAUGCCAUGUUUGCUAGGAUCUUUGUGACGCUCCUUGUUUGCAUGCUCCCUUAGGGUGCUCGGUUCCGUUUCGCUAGGAGACGCGAAUCGAGAUAGAAACAGAAACUUUUGGGCCGAACUACGGCGCUCUGAUUUCUCCACUGCACAUUGGAGGUACAUAGGCACAGGGUACGAACACCCUAGCGAGCGAACUUUUCUCUUUCUUUAUUUUGUUCGACCUUUUCCUUUUUUGUUGUUUUGUUCGACUUUUUUUCCUUUACCUUAUUUGCUUGCUAUUUGCAUAUUUCCUGUUAUCUGUAUAUCCUCCAUUGCAUGUUUUCCUUAGCACAUAACAUGAUACACACACACACACCCUUAGAUUGAAAAUUAGCAAGAAUGGAUCCUGUGGAGUACCACAGACGUGAGGGGUGUUAAUACCUUCCCCUCACGUAACAGACACCCUUACCCGUUCUUUGAGACCUGUGCUUUUAUUUGGUUUUCUUCGAUAUUUUCCAUUCCUGUGCGUAGGAUAAAUAGAUGUUCGAUGGCGACUUCAUUGUUUUUGUUUCGAUGAGUUUUCCUGUUGCUUCACGAGGCCAUCAGCAGCAUCGCAGAGUCAUCCAUAGAUCACAAAUUUGUUAUGGCCUUGUUAGAACGUUGGAGGCCGGAGACCCACACAUUCCAUCUUCCAACAAGGGAGUGCACUAUAACCCUGGAGGAUGUACAUGUGAAUACAAGAUUACACUCAAAGAUGUUUUUGAUUUAUGGCAAACUCAAAUGAGCAUCCAAACAACAAGGAGGAAUCAGAAAAGCAAAGCAUUUGAUCACUCAUGAAAGCACAAGAUGAUCCACUAUGCAUAUAAGUCGACUCAACACAAGCUGGACAUGAAAAAUGCAGAAAAUCAGCAGUUAGGUCGACCUACUGUCAACCCAGGUCGACCUAAAAUGAAGGAAAAUCCAUAUACUUCUGCUAGGUCGACUCACAGACCAUUCAGGUCGACUCAAAAUGAAGAAAUCUUCAUACCAGUCUGCUAGGUCGACCUACAUAGCAACUAGGUCGACCUAAUCUGAGAAAAAGUUCCCAGAACGCACCAGAAGAGGAUUCUGGUCGACCUACUUCUUCAACAGGUCGACCUAACUGGGAGCAAAAUUCAGCAAGCACUGCUAGGUCGACCUAACCUCUACAAGAGGUCGACCUAACUGAUCAAGAAAGUCCAAAAUUCAGUUAUUCUUGAUUCCAACUGUUAUGCAAUCAUAUAUAUUGUGCAAGGGUUAAUUAUUCAAGCAACACCAACGACUGAAAGAUACACAAACGCUUCUCAUCUUCGUUCUUCAUCAUCUCCAACACAAUUACACAUAAUCAUUCUUGCGUUGCGGGUUAGUGAUGAGUUCGAUAACGUCCAUGGAACGGAAUUGAAGAUUCCUAGUGGGUGAAGGUUUGUGGGGUUUGUUGGUGAAUAAAAUCUGCGGGUUUUGUCCUCCACGACGGGUGGUUCUUGGGGGUUUUUAUCAAGAGGCGUUCAUUGAGGAUUCGGCUGAGUGUAACGAUUGAGGAACGGGGAGUUCAAGGAAUCAAGACACUGCAGAAGGGAAUCAAAGUGAAGCUCUUGGAUAACCUUGAUCUGGCUCAAGAUUAAGGGGGAAGAAGAUUCAAAGGAUCGACAUAAUUGGUUUAUCGUUUAUCGCUUUGUUAUCUUCUUUGUAUAUACUACUUUCAACAUUAAUGAAAGAUUACCCAAUUUCAAUUUGGAAUUGGGGGCAGACGUAGUCGUAGCGAGGACGAUCGACGAACUGCCUAAACAAAUAUCGUGUUCUUGUCGCUUUUACUUUCUCUUUUACUUUCUGUUCAUAAUUGGUUAUAAGUGCAAAAUUGAUCAACGAUUCAAGUGUUAAAAUUGUGAAUUAAAGUUCUGCACAAACAUCACAAUUCACCACAACUUGAAUCACUAUCAAAUUGAACCUAUCACCAAGUGUUUGUGUUUUUGCUUUAUCCAAUCUUACUGCAUUGCAAAUCAAAGUUGUCAAUUUAGAAGUUAAUUGGAUUUCAGUUGUUAAACGUAUUGGUUAGCUAUCAUAUUACUUCACCAUCAAUUCCACUUACUUUUUGGUUUUGAAACACAUACGACCUUUGCAAUAGCGGUCCAGAAUAGACGCAAGUCGAUUCAGAACCGCUUUCGCUCGAGUCUGUAGAAAAAUCUGUAAAAACUUAGUGAGAUCUAUUCACCCCCCCUCUAGAUCUAUAGGCCAGCGUCUAACAAGUGGCAUCAAGAGCUCUGGUUUAUUCCGUGCUACGUGAAACACUUAUUGGAAAGAUGGCUUCUGGACCUAAAGGGGCUCAUAAUAGAGCUCCAGUUUUCAACGGAGAAAACUACGGCUAUUGGAAGGAUUGUAUGUGUGUCCAUAUCAAUGCAAUUGAUAGGAACAUAUGGACAGCUAUUGUCAAUGGUCCAUUUCAGAUCACUAUGACAAAUGCAGCUGGUGCAGUUGUUCCAAAACCAGAAGAUACUUGGAAUGCUGAAGAUGAAAAGAAAUAUGCAUACGAUUGGAAAGCGAGAAACAUUCUAAUCUCAGCUCUAGGAGUUGAUGAAUACUAUCGCGUUUCCCAUUGUAGAUCAGCUAAAGCUAUGUGGGACACAUUGCAAGUUGCCCACGAGGGAACGGAUGAUGUCAAACUAGCUAGGAUCAAUACGUUAACUCAAGAGUUCGAACUUUUCCACAUGGAAGAUGGUGAAACCAUCGAAAGCAUGCAGAAAAGAUUCGUUCACCUGAAAAAUCGAUUAAAUUCUCUUGAUAGACCUGUUUCCAAUGCAGUUGCUACUAACAAAAUCUUAAGGUGUUUGAACAGGGAAUGGCAGCCCAAAGUUACAGCAAUUAAGGAAGCAAAUGAUCUCAACACUUUAGACAUUACCACUCUCUUUGGUAAACUAGAGGAACAUGAACAGCAUCUUAAAUGCCUUGACAUGCAUGAGAAGAGGACAAAGAAAGAAAAGAACAUGGAGAAAGAGGUAGAGAAGAAGUCAAUAGCUCUAAAAGCUUCGAGCUCCAAGACCUCAAAACGAGAGCCAAAGGAUAGUGAGACUAGUGAUGACGAAGACUCCGAUGAUGAAGAAAUGAGACUGUUUGUGCGAAGGUACAACAAGUAUAUAAAGAAAAAUGGAGCAAAACAUUCUGACAAAGGGUUGAUCAACUAUAGAAAGCAAUCAAACAAGUUCAAACAAGAUGACAAUAACAAAGGAAAAAUCAAAGGUCCUUGCUUCAAUUGUGGCAAAGUCGGUCACUACAAACCGGAUUGUCCAUAUCUUGAGAAGGAGAAAGAGACGAACCAAAGAAAAGGUCACAACAAAUCUAGAAGAGCCUACAUAACAUGGGAAAGUGAUUCAUCUAGUGAAGACUCAUCAAGCGAUGAAGAAGAAUCGGUAAACUUAUGUCUUACAGCUCAUCAACACAAGAAAAAGAAACGUGUAAGUCAUCUUAAACCUGAACUUGUAGAUAAGGUAUCUCAUGAUCAAUUAAAAUUAGCUUUUGAAAAACUACAUAGAGAUGCAAUUGAAGCUUUCAAACUUUUGGCCUCAAAUAAGAAAAUCUUUUCAUACCUUGAAUCAAAAGUUGAGAAGACCGAAAAGGAUAUGGAAGCUUUAAAACAAUCUAUGUUAGACAUUCAAAAGGAUAAAGUUGAUAUUGAUCCUACGUCAUGGUUUGGUUGUGAGACAUGUCAUAUUUGGCAAAAAGAAGUAAGAGAUCUAAAAGUCAAGUUAGACAAGGCUCUACAACCAAAAAUAACUUUUGCAGUUGAUCCAAAUAAGUUCAAAAGAUCAUAUACUCCGUUAUAUAGUAAAUACACUUUUGUACCUAAAGUAUCAACUAGCAAGACAGCUCAUUCUCAUCAUAUUACCUGUCAUUAUUGUUGCAAAAAGGGUCAUACCAUUGAAAAAUGCAAAUUUAGGAGAAUCUUAGUUCCUAAAGGAGUGUUUCAAUGGUUGCCUAAGUGCAACACAUUAUGUACUCACCAAUUAGGACCCAAUGAAGAUUGGGGACCUUCCACUCUAAAUUAAUCUUGCAGGAAAAGUGUCUUGACAUCAUUGAUAGGUGAUGAUCCCAUUGAUAAAGGAUGUUCAAGACACAUAAAAGAAGGCAUAUCUCUCUUGGUAUGUCAUCUAUGAAGACAGUUUGAAGAAUCAUACUUGGCAAAGGAAACGUAGGUGUCCUAGCCACAGCAAAUGUAUGAGAUACAUUACAAAUACAGAUAUUCCGAGAAACACAUAGGACGCAGUACUUGAUGUGCAAAUUGGCAAGUUGCAUUGCAAAGAGAUUUUAAACCUAUUCUUAGCAGAAUAUUGUUUGGGACUAUGUCCCGCAUCCGGGAGAACAUCGAGUAAUUAAUACUAGAUAAGCUUUUCGCAAGAAUCAACCUGUGAAACAUUCCAUCAAAACAAUUCAUUAUCAAAUCUAGGAGUAUGGCACACUGACAAGAAGACUCCACACAAUGAUGACAAAACACCUACAUAUUGAGAAAGCGGUAACAUGUUUAUUGUUCACUUCCAAAAAUUUUAUUGAUGCUAUAAUAUGCUAUCAAUUAACAUGCUUAUAGUGACUUCAUGUGCUCUUAUCUACUCUUCUCAAAUACUUAUGUAUAUGUGUUCAUCAUUUCAUUCAUAACAUACAAUGGUUGUGCAUUCAAGCAAAUGACAAAACAAAAAUACAUCAUAUAGAAACAUUUCUAAGGCACUUUCAUCAUUGAAAGCAACUUAGGUCGACCUACCCUGUAUUUGAGUCGACCUACAUAAGAAGUUUCUUUAGAAAAACCAAAAAGGUCCAGUUGCGUCGACCUACUCACAAAUUAGGUCGACCUAAUUUGGUCAUUUGUAUUGUUACUUCUGUUAGGUCGACCCAGCUUCACUUUAGGUCGACCUACUGCGUAAACUUUUCCAUAUUUGGGCCUGUUAGGUCGACCCGACCCAAUAUCAUGCAUUCAAAACAUUCCAUUCUUGCAUUCCCUCUCAUUCUCAUCUCUUUUGGUACGGCUAACCCUAACUCCUCAAACUCAAAAACUGUUCAAAAUCAUCCUUCUUACACAAAAUCAUCAACAACUAUGCCUCCAAAAUCAAGAAAGGGAAAGGAAGUUGCAUCUGGAUCAUCCUCACAACCGGUAAGUGCUGUAGCCCUUGUUCACCCUGAUUGUAGAGAUAAUUUUGAAAAAUGGCAAAUGAAAAGGAAAGUAGUGAAGCAGUACAUUUUCAAUCAACAUGUUGCUAAAAAUAUGCAUAUUCCUGAAGUUGUGAGUCUUAUUGAGCAUCAAAAUGUUCAUCCCCUUUUGGAAUGUGCCACACCAUACUGUGAGAACACUGUUAGGGCAUUCUAUGCAGGGUUCACAAGAGAAGCAGGCUGUAAUUUUAGGUUUAAGAUGGGGUCAAGAUCUCAUAUCGUUGACAAACGUGCUUGGAUCAGUAUCUUUGGUCUCAACAUUGUAGGCGAUGAAUUACGUAUAGAAGACGGGGACGUACCGGGAGUCUAUGAUCAUGUGGCCUACAUGAAGUCUAUCCUCAAAGAUCCUUCCGUCUUUGACAAACCUAAUGAAACAAUAACAGCCGGUCACCUGAAGAGAGAUCCUAGGCUUCUAAAUUGGGUCAUCUCAAGAGUCAUUCGACCACGAGCAGGCGGAUUUUCCAGAAUUGAAAGGAAUGAGAUUAUGUUGAUGUACUUGAUUCAAAACAGAACACGUGUGCACUGGCCACACUUUCUAACUGCUAAGUUUGAGGAAGUAAAGCAGAAGACUACUGCUCUUUGUUAUGGCUCGAUCAUACAAACAAUUGUGAACCAUUUCGGCAUGAAGCUCGAUGGAUUAUCAUACAUUAGCAUGAAACAGAACCAGGACUUUUCCCAAACAACCUUAACUCUCAUGGGAUAUCAUUGGGAUCCAAAUAGGGAAACCUAUUAUCUCAUUCAAAAGGGGACCGGAAAAAUCAUCUACAACUAUGAUGAUCCUACAGAAUUUGGUCACACUGCAGAAAAUGAAGAAGAAGGAAAUGAUCAAGAAAUAGCAAAUGAUGAGGAUCAUACCAUGGAAGAUGCAGCUCAUGACACGGAUGCAAAUUGGAGAUAUGUUCCGCCACAACAAGAGGAUAUCCCUUGGGGAUACACAGCUCCACCUCCUCCUGAUCAAUCCAACAUAAUAUCUAUGCUUGAAGCUAUGCAACUUCAACAACAGCAGAAUUUUGAAACUCAACAGCUUCAAUUUCAAACAAUGCAACAGCUUCAACAAGAGAGAUAUGAGGAACAACAACGUCAAUAUCAAUCGUUGUACGGCUUGGUUCAGGAACAAAAGAACGAUUUUGAGACGUUUGCAUCCAACUCUGUAUUGAGGCAGAAUCAGUUUGAAGAAACGGCAUUGCAUCGCCAUGCUAACAUAAGCCAAAGCUUCAAUACUCUUAACAUGUCUGUGCUGGAUUUGUUGGAACAGGUUGAGGAAGAUCGACCUCAUACAUUUCAAAGAGGAAGAGGAAGAAGGGGCAGGCGUUAGGACAUAUCGUUUAUCAUAUCAUCAUUUCAUUGCAUUUCAUGUCAUUAAGUUCUUUUUGUUAAAACAUUAUAUGAUGUAAUACUCUUUGUUGUCUUUUAUUAAUCUCUUGGACUACUAUGUAUGUUGUUGGUUUUCUUUAAAACAUGUUUAGUUCUUAUGAUUUCACCAUUUACAUGUUAUCUAUCUCUAUGACUAUCGGUAUUCUUUAUUUCUCGUGUUACUCUCCUACUCUGUUUUCUUGCUUCUCUUUUUGAUGUUGUCAAAGGGGGAGAUAAAUACAAUAGAUGCUGAGUGUACGGGGGAGCUUUGUGAAGAGACUUCUUGGUUGAGAGAUAGAUGCUGGAUGUACGGGGGAGCCUUGUUGAGUCUUCAUCACUUACUACCAAAGCUUUUGACUAUUGGUUUGCCAUCAUCAAAAAGGGGGAGUAUGUGAAUACAAGAUUACACUCAAAGAUGUUUUUGAUUUAUGGCAAACUCAAAUGAGCAUCCAAACAACAAGGAGGAAUCAGAAAAGCAAAGCAUUUGAUCACUCAUGAAAGCACAAGAUGAUCCACUAUGCAUAUAAGUCGACUCAACACAAGCUGGACAUGAAAAAUGCAGAAAAUCAGCAGUUAGGUCGACCUACUGUCAACCCAGGUCGACCUAAAAUGAAGGAAAAUCCAUAUACUUCUGCUAGGUCGACUCACAGACCAUUCAGGUCGACUCAAAAUGAAGAAAUCUUCAUACCAGUCUGCUAGGUCGACCUACAUAGCAACUAGGUCGACCUAAUCUGAGAAAAAGUUCCCAGAACGCACCAGAAGAGGAUUCUGGUCGACCUACUUCUUCAACAGGUCGACCUAACUGGGAGCAAAAUUCAGCAAGCACUGCUAGGUCGACCUAACCUCUACAAGAGGUCGACCUAACUGAUCAAGAAAGUCCAAAAUUCAGUUAUUCUUGAUUCCAACUGUUAUGCAAUCAUAUAUAUUGUGCAAGGGUUAAUUAUUCAAGCAACACCAACGACUGAAAGAUACACAAACGCUUCUCAUCUUCGUUCUUCAUCAUCUCCAACACAAUUACACAUAAUCAUUCUUGCGUUGCGGGUUAGUGAUGAGUUCGAUAACGUCCAUGGAACGGAAUUGAAGAUUCCUAGUGGGUGAAGGUUUGUGGGGUUUGUUGGUGAAUAAAAUCUGCGGGUUUUGUCCUCCACGACGGGUGGUUCUUGGGGGUUUUUAUCAAGAGGCGUUCAUUGAGGAUUCGGCUGAGUGUAACGAUUGAGGAACGGGGAGUUCAAGGAAUCAAGACACUGCAGAAGGGAAUCAAAGUGAAGCUCUUGGAUAACCUUGAUCUGGCUCAAGAUUAAGGGGGAAGAAGAUUCAAAGGAUCGACAUAAUUGGUUUAUCGUUUAUCGCUUUGUUAUCUUCUUUGUAUAUACUACUUUCAACAUUAAUGAAAGAUUACCCAAUUUCAAUUUGGAAUUGGGGGCAGACGUAGUCGUAGCGAGGACGAUCGACGAACUGCCUAAACAAAUAUCGUGUUCUUGUCGCUUUUACUUUCUCUUUUACUUUCUGUUCAUAAUUGGUUAUAAGUGCAAAAUUGAUCAACGAUUCAAGUGUUAAAAUUGUGAAUUAAAGUUCUGCACAAACAUCACAAUUCACCACAACUUGAAUCACUAUCAAAUUGAACCUAUCACCAAGUGUUUGUGUUUUUGCUUUAUCCAAUCUUACUGCAUUGCAAAUCAAAGUUGUCAAUUUAGAAGUUAAUUGGAUUUCAGUUGUUAAACGUAUUGGUUAGCUAUCAUAUUACUUCACCAUCAAUUCCACUUACUUUUUGGUUUUGAAACACAUACGACCUUUGCAAUAGCGGUCCAGAAUAGACGCAAGUCGAUUCAGAACCGCUUUCGCUCGAGUCUGUAGAAAAAUCUGUAAAAACUUAGUGAGAUCUAUUCACCCCCCCUCUAGAUCUAUAGGCCAGCGUCUAACAGUACACAUGUUGUUAGGCCUUCCAGUAGACGGUAAGGCCAAUAAUGGUUGUGUAAUGCAAGCCAAUUCCCUUUGCCAGCAGACAUUGGGUAUAGAUCUGAUAGAGGGAGACACAGGUUCUAGGGGACAGGGUGUAAACCUCAAGAACUUAAAGAUAUAUUAUUCUAACUUUCAGUUGAAUGAAGAUUCUUCCGAAGAAACGAUACUCGUGAAAACCAGGUGUUACCUGAUCUUUCUCUUUGGAAACGUUUUAUUUCCAGACAGUACCGGAAAGACCGUAAAUUUUAUGUAUUUACGUUUGUUAAUGGAUUUUAAUAGAAUGAGUCGAUAUAGUUAGGGGUCUGCUGUCAUGGAUACGUUGUACCAAUCCCUUUGCAAGAAUGCAAAAAACGAUUCUUGUACAUUCUAUAAAUGCACUCUAUUGGUGCAAGUUUGGGGGUGGUGGAGAAUGCAUAUAUUGGCCCCAGUAAACAGAACCAACUGGACCUUCCCAUAUGCAAUGAGGUAAUUUUUUAAUUCAUAUUUUUAAUGCAAAAUAAAUUGAUUAGGAUUUACUUUAACUGGCACAUUUAAAUUGCGUUUUAGAUUUUACGUUAAAAAGAUGGACUUCACAAAAAAUCAGCGGUCAAAUAUCACAAUGUACCGACAGCUGAUUGAUCACUUACGACCCGAUGAUGUAUAAUCUCUAAUCUUUUCCUCUUUUAUAAGUGUCUUUUUUAUAAAUAUUUGGCCGAAAUAAUGUAUAAGUCUUAUGCAUGCAGUUUAUCUGGAGACCGUAUCUAUAACGCCCAGAAAUUUGAUUAUUCGCUUAAUCUAGACGUUCAGAGUGUUUAGUGAAGUUUUCGUAUUUUGAGACAAUUUAGUCGGUAUUAGUUCGAGAUAGCGGAUUGAUAUUUAAUCAAGAGUUUGAUAUUUUCAUUAUUAGAAAUAUUAUUGGAAUAAUAUUUGAAGUUUUGGGAAUUUUCUGAGUAAUUAAGAUUAAUUAGAGCAGAAAUAUGAUAUAUUGGUGGCAUUUGGAUUAUCGGUGUUAAUUUAAGAAGCGUAUUUGAAUUUAUUAAGUUAAAAUUCGGAUUUUAGUCGGACGGUCGAAGAAUAAUAUUAAGAAUAAUAUUAUUUACAAGCCGAAAUUUACUAUAUUGUUGGAAUAUUAUUAAAGGUGAUAUAAUUGAUUAUUUGAGUUAUUUAGUCUUAUUGGGCCUAAAUUAGUUUGUGAAGGAUAAUAAAAAGGAAGUGAAAGACUAAGCCCAAUUAGAAUGAUAAAAUUAGAGUUUUAGAGAUGAGAAAGAGUAGUGGUCAUUUUUGGAGAAAAUAAGAAUAGAAGAGAAAGAGGCAAGUUUUGGAGAAGAUGAACAAAGCUUGAAGAUUUCCAUCCAUGGUGCCCAAUCGGAAGUGUGAAUCGGAGACCCAUUGAGUUGCUUCAAUUGAUAAGGUAAGGGUGGGGUUCUCUUCCUAUAAUAGGGCUUAUGAAACCUUGUAUGUGGGGAAAAUUGGGUGUGUAGAUUUAUUGCAUUAUCUUGUGUUGAUUGUUGUUGUUCAUAGAAAAUUGAAAUUGGAAAAUAAUGUUGUUGUUGUUGUGAGUUAGAUAUAGUAAUUAAAUUUGGAAAUAAAUUGAUUAAGAGUCUGUGCGACGGCUGUUAUACCUUUAAUGGUCGGCAUCUACAAUAUAAGAAAGAUAGGUGUUCUGGAAAAUCCAAAAAUGCCCCUCUGCUCAUUUGUGAAGCCACGUGGAUGCUGUAUUACAAAGUCUUGCUCUUUCUAUGAUGGAGUCCCCUAACUCAUUUCUUGCAACAAAACCAAAAAAGCUGCGCUUCAUCUUCUCCUCUUUCUACUUCCUUCUUCCCCUUUUCUCCAUCCUCAUUUUCACCAAACUGCGCUUCAUCUUCAUCUUUCCAUUUUUCACCAAACUGCGCUUCAUCUUCACCGUUUGGGGUCUAAAUAAUCCACAUCUGCUGAUUCAAUGAUCUGUAGCGGCAUCAACGGGUUACCGACGAUUAGUGUGGUGGUGGUGGAAAUGGGUUUCCACACAGACAGCGGUAAGCGGGUUGCAUAUGAUUGGAGUGUCGUGUUCAUAUCUCAGGGUAAAUUUCUUUAUUUGCUGUUAAAUUUGAUAUGAGAAAGAGUUCUUUCUAUGGCUUAUUUUGCAUUCAACUUCUAUUCGUAGUAUUAGGAGGACUCAUGGCUGAAAGUGCAAAGAAAUUGCAGGUAUUUUCCUAAUAAAAAGAAUGGUUAAUCUAUCAUAUAAGGAGUAACAAACGCAGCUCGAUCAUUGAUAGGGCUACAGGAUCAACGAAUUUGACUGACACGAAACCAUAUCUUAUGAAGCUUAGCGAAGAUCAAAUGGGCCAACUUCUCUCUGCCUUUUGGAUUUAGGCCAACCGAAUGUUGAAGCUAUAGCUCAUUCAUUUAUAUUGACACUAAUUGUUUUGCGCAUGAAGGUAGUUUAUCGUUGCAUAUCCACACUGAUUAUUUUGAUUAUUUUAGUCAUUAAUUCUGAAUAUGUAUUACUAUGGAUCAUACAAAUAAUUGCCAAAAUAUAGAAUUAACUGAAAUAUACUAUCAAAUAUAUAUAUUAAUUAAUGCAAUUAAAUAAGAAUAUACAGUCAUAAUAUGUAUUAAUUAAAAUUUAAUAAUUAUAAUAUACCACUACUCGUGCGGACACACGGAAAAUACAUUGAAUCGUGUGCAUACAUGGGUCACGAGACCAAAAUUAUUGUAAAUGCACGGAUAAUCAAACCAAAAUAAUUGUGAAUGCACGGAUAAUAUAGGAGUACACGUGUGAGAGCCCGAAUAACCAAAUCAUAAUUAUUAUCUAAUAUGUCUUUCUUUUACAUACUCAAACUAAUUACAAUUUCGCCAUCCACAGCAUAUAUUAACACUUAGGCUAAAUAUAUUACAUGC